GGGCGCGUUGGGGGGAGAACUGCUUGCUUUUGGCGGCUAGCACCAGAACGAGGCUGAGGGCCGAGAGGCUCGGCACCGGUGUGUUGUCUACGGGAAAUACGCUCUAUUAUGGAAAGCCCUAUGGACUGGUGUUUUGCCGAAGAAGGACAUAGCCAGGACAUAGUUCUUGAAAAGCAAGUGUUUAGAUCCAAAGUGCUGGAGUCUCAUGUUCAGCUUGCAUGCAGUUCACAGUACUGUGCUUUUCCUUUGAAUGGGAAUGAGCUGUGCAUCUGGAAUAUUGGUAUUAACCCUGUUCAUCAGCCAUUACACUUGAUAGGACAUCAUCAUUCAAUUACUGCAGUAUCAUUUGGAAGUAAAAUGGAUCCACUUCUUGUCUGCUCAGCUUCCCGUGACUAUGUAAUAGUGUGGAACUUGGAUGAAUGCACAAAGAAAGCACUGCAAGGGAUAACACCUUGUGGAAUUGUUAUAGGAACUCUUUUGGGAAUAGUGCUUUAUGUAAGAUUUAGUCCAGAUGAUCAGAUGGUAGCAGCAUGUGCUGGAAAUCGGAUCUAUAUACUAAAUGCAAAGAAUGAGGCUGUAUUAGCUGAGUUGGAAGGCCACUUGGCUCCAGUGACCGCAGCUGAAUUUUGCACCUGGGAGAAAAACAUGCUUAUAUCUGUCUCUGAAGACAGGAGCUUUAAGGUAUGGGACUGUUGUACUGGUGUAUUAAUAUACCAAUCAGCAGUAUUAACAGCCUUUCCUUUGUUAAGUCUUUUCAUUGAUGAAGAAAAGAAACAGAUUAUUACUGGAUGUGCUGAUGGGCAGCUUUGGAUCUUCAGUUUGAUCAGUGGGCAUAACUACCGCUGUGUGGUCCAUAUCAACGUAAAGAAAGAGAUAGAAAGAUUCUAUAGCAAAACAGGAAAAUAUUUACAGCAGUUUGGUGAGAUACAGAAUAAUUUUAAGCUUUCUGGCAUAAAUGACACGAGAGUGGAAGAAACAGUGGAAACAUCAUUGCCCAUCCUCAGAAUUGAACACUGUGACAAACCAUCACAUACAGACAAAGAAGAAAACUUUUUUCCUGCUGUGAUUGCCAGAUAUUUAUGGAUAGGAAGCUCUACUGGUUUGUUCAUAAUUAACUUGGCAAACUUUGAAAUAGAAGCUGCUUUACAUUAUAAAGAUUACAGCGACCUCAGCAUUCAGUUUGCUGGAUCAUGUGUACUAACGAGGAAGGCUGUUGAUGGCAAGGUUUUAUGCUUGCUUACUUCAAUGUUUGAAAGCGUGAUUGCUUUGCUGGAGAUUAGCCCCACUGCUUUGAUGAGAGCUCAGAAGAAUGAAUUUCUCUCAUAUGGAAAGGAGAAGUGUCUUUUAGUCAUUGCCAGUUGCUCCCUGUUGCCUAAUUCUCCAUUGAAUACUGAAUCUCUUAAGAAAUCAAGCAGCAAAUUAACCAAUAAAAAAACUCUUGGUCCGAAGGGCACAAUGAAAGACCAACCCCUGGUUUUCCACAAUAAAAUUAAAUCAUCAGGUUAUACAAGUGCACCACAAAUGAAAAUGUUUUCUCCAAAUACUAAAAUGAAGAAAACUAACAAAGUAUUGGAGUGGAAGAACAAUUGUAAACGAAAAAAUAAAGAAUAUCCAUUGGAAAAUUUUCCGCCAACUAAAUCUGAGAGAGAGAUAUCUGCAGCGGGCAAACCAACCUCUAUAAGCUGUAUUCAGUAUUCAGGGGAUGGAGAACAGUUGGCAUGUGGCCUCGCUGACAAAUCUUUACUGGUAUUCAAUUCCAACCUGACUGGAACACCAUCUGUUUUUUCAGGUCAUGAUGGUGCAAUUAAUUCUGUUGGCUGGAGUCACAACAAAAAGUGGUUAGUUUCUGCAUCUGAAGAUAAAACAGUGAGGAUCUGGUCAGUCUGCAAUACAGAACCUGCUCUACUUCUGGGCAGGGAGAUGUUCCAGAGAUCUGUACGCUUUGCACAGUUUUAUUAUAUAGAUAAGUUUAUAUUGCUGUGUUGCGGAGCUGAAUUUCAUCUCGUAAACUGCUACCUUGACAUAAGCAAGGAUGACCUAAAACGAUACAAACAGAAGAGUGUUUGCAAUCUAGUACAGAAAUUCCCCAUGGCUUCUACAGUAGAGAUUACCAGUCUUUCAGCAGUAAAUGACUUCUACUCUUAUAUUGUACUUGCUGCUGGAAGCAACCGAGCAUUAGAAGUUUUUGACCUCAAUGCAGGCUGCAGUGCAGCAGUGAUACCGGAUGUUCAAUCUAGAUCAGUCCACCAGAUUUGCCAAAAUAAGGGAUCAGCUUUUAGCACUCAGCAGCCUGAAGCUUAUAAUCUCUUCAUGACCUCGGCAAUUGGUGAUGGUAUUAAACUGUGGGACUUAAGAACAUUAAGGUGCGAGCGUCGUUUUGAAGGACAUGUUAAUCGCUGCCACCCAUGUGGAAUUGCAGUCUCUCCCUGUGGACGCUUUAUUGCCAGUGGAUCAGAAGAUAAAUGUGCUUACAUAUAUGAAAUGCAUUCAAGUACGUUUUCCCAUAAAUUGACAGGACACACAGAGUCAGUCAUCAACGUGGCUUUUAAUCCCUCAUCUGCACAGAUGGACGCCUCAGAAACAACUAUAGGGGCCAUCCUGACCAAGAAGAUGAAGGGAUUGAGAGACCUGUGGCAUAUGCAAGCCAUAAGCUACUCCCUGCAGAGACACAGUAUGCAACAAUAGAGAGAGAGUUCCUGGCAAUCCGCUUACUACAGCCACCUUGGAUGGCAAACUCCAGUUGUUUCUGCCCUGACCGUUCGUGGAAUAUUGGCACUUGAGAAUAACGGCUCACUGAGAACAAGAUAAUCAGUAACUGGUCAAACAGCACGAUAUUACUUUUUGAACUACAUUUAAAAAAAACUGUUUCUGUAAAUUCAAACUGUGUUCACAGGUUACUACUGUGUAGAAACAAUCUGUCACUUUUAUUGGAAAAGUAAAGCCAAAAGACCAUGAGAUACAAAAGCACUCAUGCUGACCUCAUACAACCAAGCACUAUAGUAAUAACUUUAAUGGACUGUUUGCAUGCUUAAAAUGUCAUGUGCUAUAAUGCUUUGCCUAGGCUUUUCUUCUGUAGAUUGGUGACACAAUUAAAAUAGCAGUUCUUCCACAUUUUAAACAGAAAGUCUGCCUGUUACCCGUGACUUGAAAUAGUCUCAAAGACAGGAGAGUUUCUCUUCAUUCAUUAUAUUGCAGCUAUGCUGGAACAAUCCAUACCAUUGCAACUCUAAUGCAGUUACUGGAAGCAGCAGAAUUUUGCCUUCAUUCAUUAAGAGCCAGUGUGAUUCACAGCCGUUUGUAUUGCUGUACUCAUUAAGUGCUUCUGUUAUUUCUUAGAGAAUCUGUAAAAAGGGCUUAAUUUUGAAGGAUUUGUCUUUGUUACAAAGUUAACUUGUUGCUUUGUUUUCAUAAUAUACUUAUGUUUAACUUUGUUGUGACACUGCACAGGUCCCUUUUGCUACUCUUUAGAAAAAAAAAAAGGAAAGAAGGAGAAGAUUUGUUUAGUUGUUCAAAUAGUGAUUAGGUUUUUUUCUGUAGAAAAGUGCUGAUUCUUUUUGUACCAUUCCUAGCUAUGCCGUUUUACAUGCCCCAAUCUUUGAAAAGUAUGCUAAAUGCUGUUUUGAAUAAUAAACUGGUGUUCCAAUUA